UUUUUUUUUUUGUUUUUUUCUUAGUCGGACUUUUUUCUCCCGCUUGUGCAUCGAAUCCCCUAUCGUCUAGUUAUCAUUCGUCGGUCGACCGAGCAAGAGGCCAGUUGUUAAGUGAUUCAUAGUUAUGACAUUUGGAAAUGCGUCAGGCCUCCCCCCUUUCGCAUGUGUAAGCGCGCGGCGCCAGAGAUAUCGAUCGUCUGAAGAAAAGACUGGACGAAGAAGAAACUGGUAAUCUCGGCGGACCAAAGACCGGAUUCGUUUAUCCCUGUGAGUUCCGUUUGCAUGGCGCGGAGGCUAAGGUUUAGCUUUUUGUUAGUCGCAGUUGCCCUGUACCGAAAUCCCAAAAAACCUUUCAGAACUGUCUUUAGCAACACCUUCGAGCCAUUUCCAGAACCAAAAAUUCCAACAUCAGCCGAAAAGGCCAAGGGACCGCAGCACCUUGACGGUUGACCUCUCGUACUGACUUUGGUACUUUUGUGAUCUGUUCACCUUUUUUUUUGUGUCCUCAGGAUUUGCUGUGUCAACGCAAACUACAGCCAUGCCGCCAUCAAUCUCUUCCAGGUCGGCAACGGCCCACGAGGAGGAAGCCAUCGAGACCACGGCCCUCCUCCCGCGCCAGCAGCAGCAGCAGCAGCACCGCUCCCGCGCCGAGUACGCAGCGUGGUUGCGAGAGAUAUGGUUCCUCACCAAGGCGUGCGUCCCCGUCAUCCUGGCCUACAUGCUGCAAAACAGCCUGCAGACCAUCUCGGUGCUCAUCGUCGGCCGCCUGUCGCCCGAGGCCCUCUCGGCCGCCGCCUUUGCCUACAUGUUCGCCAUGGCAACGGCGUGGCUGAUCGCCCUGGGCGGCACCAGCGCCCUCGACACGCUCGCCUCGUCGUCCUUCACCCGCUCCCGGGACAAGACCAGCCUGGGCCUGCUGCUGCAGCGCGGCUUCCUGGUGCUGACGGCCUUGUACGCGGUGGUGGUGGUGGUGUGGUGGUUCGCCGAGGACGUGUUCCGGGCGCUGGGCCAGCCCGAGGAGAUCUGCGUCAUGAGCGCCCGGUUCCUCAGGCUGCUGGCGCCGGGCGGGCUCGGCUACGUCUGGUUCGAGUGCAUGAAGAAGUUUCUGCAGGCGCAGGCCAUCUACCGCCCCGGCACGUACGCGCUGAUGCUGACGUCGCCGCUCAACGCCCUGCUCAACUACCUCCUCAUCUACAAGCUGGACAUGGGCCUGGACGGCGCCCCCAUCGCCACGGGCAUCUCCUACUGGCUUUCCUUCUUCUUCCUGGUCGGCUAUGCUGUCUUUGUCCAGGGCAGCGAGUGCUGGGGAGGGUUCGACCUGCGCCGCGCGGCCACCAACGUCGGCCCCUUUGCGCGCCUGGCCGCGCUGGGGGUCGUGCACGUCGGCACCGAGUGGUGGGCCUUUGAGAUUGUGGCGCUGGCGGCGGGGAGGCUGGGCACGCUGCCGCUGGCGGCGCAGUCGGUCAUCAUGACGGCGGACCAGAUCAUCAACACCAUCCCGUUCGGGCUCGGGGUGGCCGAGUCGGCGAGGUUGGGGAACCUGCUGGGCGCGGGCGACGUGCGAGGGGCGCGUCGCUCUGCGCACUCGGCGGCCAUCUUGUCGGUGGUCUUUGGCACGACGCUGCUGGUGGUGUUGAUGGCGGCUCGGCACAGGGUCGGGGCGCUCUUCAACGACGACGAGCAGGUCAUCGCGCUCGUGGCCGAGGUGGUGCCGUACGUGGCGCUGUUCCAGAUCGCCGACGGGCUCAACGGCAGCUGCGGCGGUGCGCUCAGGGGCAUGGGCAGGCAGUGGGUCGGCGCCCUGGUCAACUGCGUGAGCUACUACGGAGGCGCGCUCCCCGGAGGCAUCUACCUCGCCUUCAACGGAUGGGGGCUGGCGGGGUUGUGGAUGGGCCAGUGCGUGGCGCUGUCGCUGGUCGGAGUGCUGGAGUGGGUGAUUGUGGGCAUGAGCGACUGGCCCGAGGAGGUGCGCAGGGCGAUUGACAGGUUACGGGACGACGAAGACGGUAAUAAGAGUGUUGUCGAGGAGGAAGUGGUGGAGUGAUGGAACUUGUAUUAGACUAGACUAGAACUAGAACUAGAUCAAAACUAGCCGCCAGAUUCCCGAUGCUUGGCUGCCUACGUAAACAUUGAAUUUGAAAUUGUUGAUAGG